AGUAGAUGGCAUUGUUAUGAAAUUCUCUGAAUUCAGGGACAUCUUACGAUAAUAUUUUUGAACUAAAACAGAAGCUUCGACUGAAACGAUACCUAUUUGCCAUCAUGGACACGUUUUCGGGUUCUUUAUAGCCGAUCGUACAAGAUUGUUGUUUCGAUACAACUGGCACAAAAUGAAAUUUAACAGUUUAGUUUCCUCUUCGAGGAGGAAAAAUCGGAAAAGGCAUUUUACCGCACCUUCUCACAUCAGACGAAGGCUUAUGUCAGCACCCUUGUCUAAAGAGUUGAGACAAAAAUAUAAUGUUCGUUCAAUGCCUAUCAGAAAAGACGACGAAGUGCAGGUCGUUCGUGGUCAUUACAAAGGACAACAAGUAGGAAAGGUGAUUCAAGUUUAUCGAAAGAAAUAUGUAAUAUAUAUUGAACGAAUACAGCGUGAAAAAGCAAAUAGUGCCAGCGUUUAUGUCGGCAUUGAUCCGUCAAAGACUGUUAUCGUAAAGUUAAAAAUGGAUAAAGAUCGCAAGAAGAUAAUUGAUAGACGAAGCAAAGGUAGGGCUGCUGCUCUUGGUAAGGACAAAGGAAAAUAUACGGAAGAAACAACAUCGGCAAUGGAAACAUCAUAAAUAUAUUGUUUUCUUAUAAAAUACGAAGUUCCAUGAAUAAAUGUAUUAAAUUAAUUAA